CGCUGCAGGUGGGAGCCCGGCUCCGCGACGGCGCGUAACUUCGGCGAGCUGGUGGCUGUCCGCGCCAGCCUUCUCCGCGGAGAGCGGGAGGAGCCGCAGCGGCGGCGGAGAGCACCAACCGGGGCGUGCUUAGAAUCAGGAUCGGACUCCGAGUCCAAGGAUAAAGAGCAGGAUCAGCAGGAGAGCCCUGCGCAGCAAGGGGCAGCAGAGACCCAGCCGCAGGACCAGCAGCAGCAGCAACAGCAGCAACAGCAGCCAAGUGAAGAACCUCAAAACGCACUCGAGCAGUUCUCAGCUGUGGCAGCACACAGCACACCAGUGAAAAAGGAGCAGGUCACAGAGAAAGAACAAGAGUUUGCAGCUACAAGUGCAAAACAGCUGGAAUAUCAGCAGCUAGAGGAAGACAAGCUUUCUCAAAAAUCUUCAUCUAGCAAACUCUCCAAGUCUCCUCUAAAGAUUGUCAAGAAACCGAAAAAUAUGCAAUGCAAAGUGACACUCCUGGAUGGAUCGGAAUAUGCAUGUGAAGUAGAGAAACGUUCCAGAGGUCAAGUGCUAUUCGACAAAGUGUGUGAGCAUCUGAACCUUUUGGAAAAAGACUACUUUGGACUAACAUACAGAGACACAGAAAACCAAAAGAAUUGGUUGGACCCUGCCAAGGAAAUCAAGAAGCAGAUCCGAAGUGGUGCUUGGCAGUUUGCAUUUAAUGUGAAAUUCUACCCUCCAGAUCCUGCCCAGCUAUCUGAAGAUAUUACCAGGUACUACCUCUGCUUGCAGCUGAGAGAUGACAUUGUGUCGGGUCGGCUGCCCUGCUCAUUCGUCACACUGGCCCUGCUGGGCUCUUACACUGUGCAGUCGGAGCUCGGUGACUACGACCCGGAUGAAUACGGCAGCGACUACAUCAGCGAAUUUCGCUUUGCCCCGAAUCACACUAAAGAGCUGGAGGACAAAGUGAUUGAGCUGCACAAGAGCCACAGGGGAAUGACACCUGCAGAAGCUGAGAUGCAUUUCCUGGAGAAUGCCAAAAAACUAUCAAUGUAUGGAGUAGAUCUCCAUCAUGCCAAGGAUUCCGAAGGAGUGGAAAUCAUGCUAGGAGUCUGUGCAAGUGGACUUUUAAUAUAUCGAGACAGACUCAGAAUAAAUAGAUUUGCCUGGCCAAAGGUUCUGAAAAUUUCCUACAAGAGGAACAACUUCUACAUAAAAAUCCGACCAGGGGAGUUUGAGCAGUUUGAAAGCACUAUUGGGUUUAAGUUGCCAAAUCAUCGUGCUGCAAAGCGCUUAUGGAAAGUGUGUGUUGAACACCAUACAUUUUUCAGGCUCCUGCUGCCUGAAGCGCCUCCAAAGAAGUUCCUUACGCUGGGCUCCAAGUUUCGCUACAGCGGUCGGACGCAGGCCCAGACGAGAAGAGCCAGUGCCCUCAUAGACCGUCCUGCACCUUACUUUGAGCGGUCUUCUAGUAAACGUUACACCAUGUCUCGCAGCCUAGAUGGUGCAUCAGUGAAUGAAAACCAUGAAAUGUACAUGAAGGAUUCUGUGUCUGCUGCAGAGGUUGGUACUGGCCAGUACGCCACAACAAAGGGCAUCUCUCAGACCAACUUGAUAACCACUGUGACUCCAGAGAAAAAGACAGAAGAGGAGAAAGAUGAUGAAGAGGGCAAAAAGAAGAGAGCAGAGGAAGUCACCCCAAUUUCAGCAAUACGUCAUGACACCAAGACAUCUGUGCUUGGCACUGACUCCCACCACCCCUCGCCAUCCUCUCAACCUGGCCCCCAUGUAUCUUCAGCAAAGCUUCGCAGGAGAUGCAAGGAGAGAGCUCGGACAAAGUCCUUAGGCUGUGAGGCGCCCAAAGAGAGCGCCCCAGAACACAGCGAGUCGGAGCCAGACUCUGACAGAAAGGGGCGAGUUUGCUCCGCCGAGCAAGACAUGGCUUUCGGCUACAAGCAAAAAGCUGGCAAGGGCAGAACGCUGUUUUCCUUCUCCUUGCAACUUCCAGAGUCAUUUCCUUCCCUCCUGGAUGAUGAUGGCUACCUGUCACUCCCUAACCUCUCCGAAACCAACUUCCUGCCUGCCAGCGUGCAGCAUUACCUCCCCAUCCGCUCCCCCUCCCUCGUGCCUUGUUUCCUCUUCAUUUUUUUCUUUCUGCUCUCUGCCUCUUUCUCAGUGCCAUACGCCCUCACUCUCUCCUUUCCUCUGGCUAUGUGCCUCUGCUACCUGGAGCCCAAGGCGGCCUCCUUGAGUGCCUCACUUGCCAAUGACCUGAGUGACAGUUCAGAGGAAGAGACUGACAGUGAGCAGACGGAUACUGCGGCUGAUGGUGAGACCACUGCCACUGAGUCGGAUCAAGAGGAGGACGGAGAUCUAAAGGCACAGAAUAGUCUGAUUAAGCGAAUACAGGGUGAAAAUGUGUAUGUCAAACAUAGUAAUCUUAUGUUAGAGGACCUAGACAAAACCCAGGAAGAUCUGAUGAAACAUCAGACCAAUAUAAGCGAGUUGAAACGCACCUUCUUGGAAACCUCCACAGAAACGACUGUGUCUAAUGAGUGGGAGAAGAGGCUUUCCACAUCUCCCGUUCGGCUUGCAGCAAGGCAGGAGGAUGCUCCUAUGAUUGAACCACUAGUGCCUGAAGAGACCAAAGAAGAAAGAGAAAAAUCAGAAAAACUCAUAUUUUUGCAGAAGGGAGGUACUACAUUCCUUGAAAUGCAGCCAAGUGUGAUAGAGAAGAAGCUGCAGGAAGGAGAAUCUGCUGGCACUUUGGUUACUUCUCAUCAAAUCAUUAUCCAGAAAAGUAUCCCAUCAUCCCUAGAGGGCACUGAGGAUUGGGUUAUUAUAGACAAAAUACCCUCUGAGGUAGUUGAUGGUGAAUCGGAAAAAAAUCUGGCAUACAAGGUAGUGACUGUGAGCGGUAAAACUGCCUUUCCACCUGAGAUGUUAAAAUCCAGUACCAUUCUAAUGCAGAGCUUUGAGGACUUGGAAAGCGAAAUACAAUCCAAUGAGGAGAAUAAGCAGAAAAUGUUCACUCUAGGAAAGUCCUAUGAUACCAUGUCUGGGAAAAUUGUAACCAUGACAAGUAAAGCUAAAGAGGGCGAGAAAGCAGUACAAACUUCAGUAGAAACUUCACAAAAAAUGGAAAGGGAAGUGCAAGAAUCUGUGAAAAUCAUUCCAAUAGUGGCCAAGUAUGAAAUUCUCAAGCCCGUCACUGAUGAGAAAGCCAGGCGGGGAUCCGACAUGCAGAGCACAAAAAGAAAACUGUCCGACUCUCUGACACCCAUAAAGGAAGCAGAAUCUCAGUUGCAAAGUCCUGAAGAGGAGAGUUUGAAAAAGACACUAAAGAUGGACCAGGAUUUGCAAUUACAUGGUACACUGGGAAGCUUACAGCUUGGCAAAGCAGAGAAGCAUCUUGGCAGUGAAGCUGUAAAAGCAGGGGCGUUUGCCUGGACAGAUAAGAGCCUGUCUGAGUGGAGAUAUUCCAGAGAACAACCAUUUACCAUUGCUACUGCUCACUAUGUUACUGAGUCGUCUGCAUCAAGAGUGGUGACUAAACAGUCCACCAGUGAAAAAACCUUGGAUGGUUCAGAUAUCUUCACUCUAAUAGAGUCUGCCAGAAAACCGACUGAGUUCAUAGGAGGGGUUACUUCAACUUCCCAUAGCUGGGCUCAGAGAAUAGACACAACGACAUCUCAGGAGAUAACUUCCAGUGACAUGAAGCAAGCAGUUCAACCACAUCAGGAUACAGUGAAGAAGGUUGUACAGGAGACUGUAGUUGUCAAGGAGAGACAUGGGAUGGAGGUGCAUGCAGGCGGGGAUCCUGCUAAAGUGGUUGGACUUGCGCUGGAUGCCCAGGCUGAGGCAGCAUCCGCAGUGGCUGCUGGCGUGAAAGGGAAGGAGGGCUCUUCUGGGACUGAGGGGGCGAAGGAGGAAAAAAGGAUGGAGGCUGAGAAAGCCCUAACCAAACAGGAAGGAGUCACUGCCACUGCUUCAUGUGAGCAAGCAGAGGAGCACAGAACAACAGUCCAACUUUCAGAGUCUUUGGAAAGAAAAUCUCAUUUUGAGUCACCAGUUGUGAAGACUGAGACUAUCAGUUUCAGCAGUGUUCCUGGUGGGGAAAACCUUGAAAUUUCAACAAAAGAAGUGCCAGUGGUCCAUACAGAAACAAAAACCAUUACUUACGAGUCUUCUCAGGUGGAUUCCGGUGCUGACUCCGAACCAGGUGUAUUGAUGAGUGCCCAGACUAUCACAUCUGAAACCACCAGCACUACAACUACUACACAUAUCACCAAAACUGUGAAAGGAGGCAUCUCAGAGACAAGAAUUGAAAAAAGAAUAGUCAUCACAGGAGAUGCAGAUAUUGAUCAUGAUCAGGCGCUGGCUCAGGCAAUUAAAGAAGCCAAAGAGCAGCACCCUGACAUGUCAGUGACCAAAGUAGUGGUACAUAAAGAGACAGAAAUCACACCAGAAGAUGGGGAGGAUUGACCAGAGGAAUAACCUAGAUUGCAUAUGAAUCCAGACAUGCAUACCAGUAGGAAUACGAGAGCCUAUACGGAGUCUCAGUUCCAACAUGACUGACUUGUAUCUGUCUAUGGAAAAUUUCAGUACAGAAGAAUUGAUCUUGACAGUUAAUAAAGAAACUGGCAGAGAUACCUUCCCAUAGAAAACAAUCUGAAUCAGCAGCAGUUAAACAAUAUUGCAUGAAGCAACAAUAAAAUUACAGAAAAGCAGCAUUUUUAAUUUUCUUAAAAUGUCUAAGUUUUCAGCUAUACCUGCACGUUCAUAAACAAUAUAAACAGUGAUCUCAUGUAACACAUAAACAGUUCAUGCCUUUCACAGUUUCUGAAAGUCUAAACAAAUUAAAAUUUGUUAGGUGGCAAGCCUUUUGUUUAUGGAUAUUGUAAAUGAAGAUUACCCCCAAAAUGCUAGAAGCUGUAUAGGUACUGUGUAUAAUGUUUUACCACACAUUAGAUGUGCCAAUAACACAGUUUAUUCGGUAAACAACUGGAAUCUUAUAUUUGUUUCAUCUGGUUUUAUUACUGCCCGAUAAACAAUGAUGAAUCUCUACUCUUAUCAAAACAUUUAAAUGCUUACAAAGUGUGCUUUGUAUACCUGAAUGAAUACCCUAUGAGGUAGUAAUGAUUUUAGUAUAUUAACUUUACCGAUUUUUGUCAGCAUUGUUCAGAGUCAGCUUCCAGUCACCCUUCACAGAUCCUAACCUUGUAAAUUAUAUGUAGUUAUUUUGGAGAAAGAAAAAAAGAAUAUCUGUAUUUUACUUAGUUUGCAGCUUUAGAAAAUUAUUAAUCUGAAAUAACCGUGAUGGUUUUCUAUUGAUUUCCCUUUUGUUCUCAGAGGAAAAAGAAAAUCUGUUUGAGAAUCUGGUCAGCAUUUACUAUCUAGUUCAGAGUCAAGCCUUAACCUGUACAGAACAUCCACCAAAAACUCAUUAGUGUCCAGCUCUAAUACCCACAGAAGGGAUAGCAUCCAUUACACUGUCAGCUGCAUCACAACACAUGGUGAAUGUAUGUUUCUGCAUAGUGAAAUAAAAGUGGUAAAUGCAUCCAAAA